AUGCCUGCUCCUGUUCAAUCUCAGCCAAUUGGCAAGGUUCAGGACGCUGAUGGCAUCGCUGCGAAGGUCCAGGAAUCUGGUGGCAUGGCUGCGAAGGUUCAGGACUCUGUCGAGACAGACAAUGACACUAGUGACAGUCAUGAUCACAGUGCUGAAAAUCAGCAAGCCCCCUUUUUGCAAAGUCCAUCUCAAAUAUACGAUGAUAUCUUUGAAUCGGAUCAGGAGCCAAUUUUUCGCGAGGCCCAUUUGGACGCCCAAGCAUCUACGUCCGCCGAAGCUGCCAAGACAACACCCAUACCUCAUUCAAAACCACCCAUCCUUGACGAUGACCCACGGCCAUCAUCCGUGAAAACCUCUGCCUCUGGACCCUGCGUUGCCAAGUCGAGCCGUUCCAUUUUGAAUACGCUCGCGCUUGGCAAGCAGCGCAAGCCUCCAAAGAAACACCGCUCAAAAUCGCACACUCUAACUCCUGAAGAACGCGCCCUAGAUUCUUCUGAAGACGAGGCCGAUGUUACUACCACCACUGUGACGACUCCGGCAACGACGUUUGCAAAUUCUCUAGACUUUGUCCUUGGAAUGAUAUUUAGACUUAAGAGUUUUCAAAUGGGUAACCCACAUUCAAGCAUUUGGACAGCGAAAAAAUAG